AUGAGAGACCUUAUGAGUGUCCUGAAUCCACCGAGUGGGGAGUGUGGGAAGAGAUUCAGCCACAGCGUGAGUCUGACUCUGCACCAGAGGAGCCACACAGGGGAGAGGCCCUACGAGUGUGGAGAGUGUGGGAAGAGAUUCAGCCGGAGCUCACACCUGACUGUGCACCAGAGAAGACACACUGGAGAGAAGUCCUACGAGUGUGAUAAAUGUUGUAAGAGGUUUUUAUUAAGAACCCAACUCCUCCAGCACUAUCGCACUCACAUGGAUGAGAGGCCUUAUGAGUGUCCUGACUCUGGGCAGGGCUUCAAGGAUAACUCCACCCUCGUCUCUCACCGGCGCAUCCACACGGGGGAGAAGCCCUACGAGUGUGAAAAAUGCAGGAAGAGGUUUCAGACCAGCUCUAGUCUCCUUAGGCACUAUCGCAUUCACAAGGACGAGAGACCGUUCCGCUGCUCCGACUGCGGGAAGGGCUUCAAGUACAACUCGAAUCUUGUCAGCCACCGACGCAUCCACACAGGGGAGAGGCCCUAUGAGUGUGGGGAGUGUGGGAAGAGAUUCAGCCAGAGAUCACACCUGAAUGUGCACCACGAGAGGCCCUAUGAGUGUGGGGAGUGUGGGAAGAGAUUCAGCCACAGCGUGAGUCUGACUCUGCACCAGAGGAGCCACACAGGGGAGAGGCCGUAUGAGUGUAUGGAGUGUGGGAAGGGAUUCAAGCAGAGGUCAGAGCUGACUGGCCUACGAGAAUGUGGGGAGUGUGGGAAGAGAUUCAGGCAGAGUAGUAAACUGACUGUGCACCAAAGAAUCCACACUGGAGAGAGACCGUAUGAGUGUGAUAAAUGCACGAAGCAGUUUCAAACCAGCUCAAAGCUCCUCCUGCACUAUCACACUCACAGGGAUGAGAGACCUUAUGAGUGUCUUGACUGCGGGAAGGGCUUCAAGCAGAACUCAAAACUUGUCGCCCACCGGCGCAUCCACACCGGGGAGAGACCCUACGAGUGUCCCGAGUGUGGGAAGAGCUUCUCACAGAGAUCUCACCUGACCCAACACCAACGGAGGAACCACUGAGGGAAGCCCUGCGAGUGCCCCGAGUGCGGGAAGAGCUUCGUGCGCUGCUCCAGCUCCAUCCCCCAUGGCAGGAUCCGCGCUGGAUGA